UGUGAUUUAGGCGCUUCCAUUUUUCUUAUAAUUUUUUAAAAUUAUAAUAAUGCUACUCUUGGCUGAAGUCUAGGUGGUGAAAACCCCGUUUCCUGCAUAGCUGAACCAACCAAGAAGGUGACGUGGUGGGUGAUGCGGGUUUGGGACAGUGCACCCAUCACACGCUCCCACUUCGUUGACUUCCCAUGCGAAGCGCGCUCCUAACCUUUAGUCCGUGGGUGAUUUCCUUCAUGGGAGUCAAACAAAGCUAAGUGACGAAAUGGCUGUUAUGGGCAUAUGACAAGCUAUCUAGGAUCCAAAGGUCUAAACUAAAAGGCCCCAGUAUAUUAUUGAAAAAAAAAACACACAAAACCACCCGCCUCUCUUUCAACUGGAGUGAUGAAACCCGAAGAAUUCACAUAGCGAAAUGGAGGAAAUCAGCAGGCGCAUCUGAGGUUCCGCCGCUGGUGGAGUGAUGAAGAGCAGUUACUGGCUUCUCCUGACACUGGUCCAUGCCGUGGCUCUUGGCUGCCUAUGGAUUUCUGUGGGUCAGUGCACAGUGCUCAACAGCUGCCUACAGUCAUGUGUAACUAACCUGGACAGGCAUCUGGACAGCGGUCCGCCGAACAAUCUGAGUGAACCAUGCAUCCAAGGAUGUCAUUUUUGGAACUCUGUAGAUCAGGAAAAGUGUGCUUUAAAGUGUAAUGACACCUAUGCCACAGUUUGUGAGCGCGAGUCCUGUGAGGACGGCUGCAGCAGUGCGGAAGGUGCCUAUGAGGAGGAGGUCCUAGAAAAUGUAGACCUCCCCACUGCGCCCUUUGCUUCUUCCAUUGGGAACCAGAGUGUGACAUUGCGAUGGAAGCCUGCCAACAACUCCGGAGUAAAAUACAUCGUUCAGUGGAAAUAUGCACAACAUCCGGGGAGCUGGACUUACACUGAGGCCGUGUCCAAACUGUCCUAUGUGGUGGAGCCCCUGCACCCCUUCACGGAGUAUGUUUUCCGAGUGGUUUGGAUAUUCACAGCCCGGCUGCAGCUGUCUUCUCCCCCGAGCCCCAGCUACAGGACUCACCCUUAUGGAGCUCCUGAAACUGCUCCUCUCAUUAGAAAUAUUGAGAGCUCCAGUCCUGACACCGUGGAAGUCAGCUGGGCUCCACCCCAAUUCCCAGGCGGACCUAUUUUGGGUUAUAACUUAAGGCUGAUCAGCAAAAAUCAGAAAUUACAUUCAGGAACACAGAGAACCAGUUUCCAGUUUUAUUCUACUCUACCCAAUACCACUUACAGGUUUUCUGUUGCAGCUGUAAAUGAAGUUGGGGAGGGGCCAGAAGCAGAAUCUCGUAUUUCCACUCCAUCCCCAGCAGUUCAAGAAGAGGAACAGUGGCUCUUCUUAUCCAGAAAAUCUUCUCUAAGAAAGAGAUCUUUAAAACAUCUGGUAGAUGAAGCACAGUGCCUUCAGUCAGAUGCUGCACACCAUAACAUUACAGGAAUAUCAGUUCAUGUCCAGCGGCAAGUUGUUUAUUUCUCUGAAGGGACUCUCAUAUGGGCCAAGGAGGCUUCCAACAUGUCUGAUAAGUCUGACCUGAGAAUUGUUUACAGAGGUUCAGGAGUGAUUACUUCCCUCUCCAUCGACUGGCUUUAUCAGAGAAUGUAUUUCAUCAUGGAUGAACUGGUAUAUGUUUGUGACUUAGAGAACUGCUCAAACAUUGAAGAAAUUACUCCUCCCUCAAUUAUUGCACCUCAAAAAAUUGUGGCUGAUUCAUAUAAUGGGUAUGUCUUUUAUCUCCUGAGGGAUGGCAUCUAUAGAGUAGCUCUCCAGGUGUCACCUGGCCAGGACUCAGAAGCCAUGCGCAUUGUGGAGAGUUGCACAUUAAAAGACUUUGCCGUAAAGCCACAGUCCAAGCGGAUCAUUUACUUCAACGACACCACCCACGUCUUCAUGUCAACUUUUCUGGAUGGCUCUGCUUCCCAUCUGGCCCUCCCGCAUGUCCCCUUUGCUGAUGUGAAGAGCUUUGACUGGGAGAACAAUCACUUCCUUGUCACCGAUGGCAAGGCUGUUUUCCGGCAGGAUGCCUUGUCUUUCAAUGAGUUCAUCGUGGGGUGUGACCUGAGACACAUAGAAGAGUUUGGGUUUGGUAACUUGGUCAUGUUUAGCAGGUACACCCAGCCGUACCCCCUGCCGGCCCAUCCGCAGCAGGUCUCUGUGCUGUUCGGAUCCCACCAGGCCCUGGUUCAGUGGAAGCCUCCAGCCCUCACCAUAGGCGCCAGCCCUUCCUCCUGGCAGAACUGGACUUACGAGGUGAAAAUAUCAACCCAAGACUUUCCCGGAAAUACUCGUGUUUUCUCUCACAUCAGUGGGACCAUGCUGAGAGUCCCCGGGCUGCAGAGUGCCACACAAUAUGAGGUUUCCGUGAGAGCAAGUUCUCCCAAGGGGCCAGGCCCGUGGUCAGAGCCCUCGGUGGGCACUACCCUGGUGCCAGCUACAGAACCACCAUUUAUCAUGGCUGUCAAAGAAGAUGGCCUUUGGAGUAAACCAUUGAAUAGCUUUGGCCCAGGAGAAUUCUUAUCCUCUGAUAUAAAGAAUGUGUCAGACAUGGAUUGGUAUAACAACAGACUCUACUACAGUGACUUGAAAGGUGAUGUUUACGUGUGGCUGCUGAAUGGGACGAAUAUCUCCAAGAAUUAUCACAUGCCCAACAUUGCAGGAGCAGGGGCGUUAGCUUAUGAGUGGCUGGGUCACUUUCUCUACUGGGCUGGAAAGACAUAUGUGAUACAAAGGCAGUCCGUGCUGACAGGACACACAGAUAUUGUGACGCAUGUGAAGUUGUUGGUGAAUGACAUGGUGGUGGAUUCUGUUGGUGGAUAUCUCUAUUGGACCACACUCUACUCAGUGGAAAGCACCAGACUAAAUGGAGAGAGUUCCCUUGUACUACAGGCACAGCCCUGGUUUUCUGGGAAAAAGGUAAUUGCUCUAACUUUAGACCUGAGUGAUGGGCUCCUGUAUUGGUUGGUUCAAGACAGUCAAUGUAUUCACUUGUACAGAGCUGUUCUUCGGGGGCAGGGCAGUGUUGGGGAUCCCACCAUCACAGAAUUUGCAGCCUGGAGUACUUCCGACAUUUCCCAGAAUGCACUGAUAUACUACAGUGGUCGGCUUUUCUGGAUCAAUGGCUUUAAGAUUAUCACAGCUCAAGAAAUAGGUCAGCGAACCAGUGUCGCUGUUUUGGAACCAGCCAAAUUUAACCAGUUCACAAUUAUUCAGACGUCCCUCAAACCUCUGCCAGGGAACUUCUCUUUUACCCCUAAGGUGAUCCCAGAUUCCGUUCAAGAGUCUUCAUUUAGGAUUGAAGGAAAUGCUUCAAGUUUUCAAAUCCUGUGGCAUGCUGUCCCAGCAGUGGAUUGGGGUGUAAUUUUCUACAGUGUGGAGUUUAGUGCUCCUUCUAAGUUCCUGGCUAUUGAAAAACAGCCUUUACCCGUAUUUACUGUGGAAGGUCUGGAGCCUUAUGCCUUAUUUAAUCUUUCUGUCACUCCUUAUACCUACUGGGGCAAGGGCCCCAAAACAUCUCUGUCACUUCGAGCACCUGAAACAGUUCCAUCAGCACCAGAGAAUCCCAGAAUAUUUAUAUUAUCAAGUGGAAGAUACCACAAUAAGAAUGAAGUUGUGGUAGAAUUUAGGUGGAAUAAGCCUAAGCAUGAAAAUGGUGUGUUAACAAGAUUUGAAAUUUUCUAUCAAAUAUUCAACCAAAGUGCCAUCAACAAAACAUUGGAAGACUGGAUUGCUGCCAAUGUCACUCCCUCAGUGACGUCUUUUCAACUUGAGGGCAUGAGUCCUGGGUACAUUGUUGCUUUCCAGGUUCGAGUCUUCACAUCCAUAGGACCUGGACCAUUUUCUGACUUGGUAAAGUCCCAAACAUCAGAAGUCAACCCAUUUCCAUGCCUCAUAACUCUUUCGGGCAACAAGAUGGUUUUGUUAGAUAUGGAUCGAGAUCAAGUUGUGUGGAUGUUUUCCGCGGAAAGAGACAUCAGUGCCGUGGGCUACACAGCUGAUAACGCAAUGGUGUAUUAUGCUCAGGGAGGCUCCCUCUUUCUUCUGAACUUGCACAAUCAGUCCAGCUCUGAGAUUUUCCAAGAUGCACGUGUUUUUGAUAUCACAAUUAUUACAAUUGAUUGGAUUUCAAGGCACCUCUACUUUGUGCUGAAAGAAUUACAAAAUGGAAUGCAAAUAUUUGAUGUUGAUCUUGAACACAAGGUGAAAUAUCCCAGGAAGCUGAAAAUCUGCGACAGAAAUUCAACAAUAAUCUCUUUCUUCGUGUAUCCCCUGUUAAGUCGCCUGUAUUGGACAGAAGUUUCCGAUUUGGGCUCUCAGAUGUUCUACUACAGUGUUAUCAACCAGACCUUGCACCGCAUUCUGCAACCCACAGCCACAAGCCAUCCAAACGGAAGGAGCCAAUGUUCUUGCAAUGUGACUGAAUCUGAGUUGAGUGGAGUAAUGACUAUUGAUACUGUUCACAUAAAGAAACCACAGAUAUACUUUGUCAAAGGGCCAGAGAUCUGGGCCAUGGAUCUGGAAGGAUGCCAGUGUUGGCAAGUUAUCACAAUGCCUGCUCUGCUUGGAAAAACACUUGUUAGCUUAACUGUGGAUGGGGAAUCCCUAUACUGGGUCUCCACAGCCCAAGACAGCAGCGAGAUUUACCAAGUCAAGAAAAGGCGUGGGGCCAUCCCCUCUCGGGUGAAGGCCCCCAGGAGCGAGCGCGUAUGCGCUUACAGUUCAGUGCUGCAGCCUCUUCCAGAUAAAGCAUUUCUGUCUCUAGCUUCAGAUAUCGCAGAGCCAAUUAUACUUAACACCACUAACACCAGCCUCACAAUCAGAUUACCGUCUUCCAGGACAAACCUCACCUGGGAUGGCAUCACCAGCCCAACUCCAACAUACCUGGUUUAUUACAAAGAAGUUAAUGAUGGCAAAAAUGGUUCUGAAUCAAAAUCUAGAAUGCUGGAAUUUCAGAGCAGUAUAGCCCUUAUUGAAGGCUUACAACCAUUUUCAACAUAUAAGAUACAGAUCGCUGUAAGGAAUUAUUAUUCUGAUCCUUUGGAACAGUUACCUCUGGGAAAAGAGAUUUUGGGGAAAACUAAAAGUGGAGUACCAGAGGCUGUUUGGCUCAUCAACACAACGGUGCAGUCAGACAGCAGCCUUGUCAUAUCCUGGAGAGAAUCUCCCAAGCCAAAUGGACCUAAGGAGGCAGUCCGCUAUCAGCUGGCAAUCUCACAUCUGGCCCCAGUUCCAGAGACUCCUCGUAGACAAAGUGACUAUCCACAUGGAAGGCUUGCUCUUCUUGUGACUGGACUGUCCGGGGGAAGACAAUAUGUGCUAAAGGUCCUUGCCUGCCACGCCGAGGAAAUGUGGUGUUCCGAGAGCCGCCCUGUCGCCGUGGAGAUGUUUGACACCCCAGAGAAGCCUCAUGCCUUGGUUCCAGGCAACAGCAGUCUGCAAUUGGAUUGGGAGGCUCCCUCUAACGUGAACCUCCUCAGGUUUUGGUUUGAACUCCAGAAGUGGAAAUACAGUGAGUUUUACCAUGUGAAAGCUUCAUGCAGCCAAGGUCCUGCUUAUGUGUGUAACAUCACAGGUCUGCAGCCAUAUACUUCUUAUCAUGUCCGAGUAGUGGUGGUUUACAGGACAGGAGAAAACAGCACCUCACUUUCAGAAAGUUUUAAGACCAAAGCUGGAGUCCCAAGUAAACCAGGCAUUCCAAAAUUAUUAGAAGGGAGUAAAAACUCAGUACUAUGGGAAAAGGCUGAUGAUAAUGGAAGCAGACUUAUAUACUAUAUACUUGAGAUAAGAAAGGGUACUUCAAAUGAUUCACUGAACCAGAACUUAAUGUGGAAGAUGGCAUUUAAUGGAUCCUGCAGUAGCAUUUGCACGUGGAAGUCCAAAGACCUGAAAGGAACAUUCCAGUUCAGAGUAGUAGCUGCAAAUACUCUGGGAUUUGGUGAAUAUAGUGGAAUCAGUGAGAAUAUUUUAUUAUCUGGAGAUGGUUUUUGGAUACCAGAAACAAGCUUUAUACUUACUGCUGUAAUUGGAAUAUUUCUGGUUGUUAUAAUCCUAUUGACCUUUGUCUGGCACAGAAGAUUGAAGAAUCAGAAAACUCCUAAGGAAGGGCUGACCGUUCUCAUAAGCGAAGACAAGGAGUUGGCUGAGCUGCGAGGUCUGGCAGCUGCGGUGGGGCUGGCUAAUGGCUGCUGUGCGAUACGUACUUUUCCGACCCAAGAGGAGAUUGAAAGUCUUCCUGUCUUCCCUCGGGAAAAUCUGACUCUGUGCCUCCUGCUGGGAAGCGGAGCCUUUGGAGAAGUGUAUGAAGGGACAGCAGUGGACAUCUUAGGAGCUGGGAGCGGAGAAACCAAGGUGGCAGUGAAGACUUUGAAGAAGGGCUCCACAGACCAAGAAAAGAUUGAAUUCCUGAAGGAGGCGUAUCUGAUGAGUAAGUUUAAUCAUCCCAACAUUCUGAAGCAGCUUGGAGUUUGUUUGCUGAAUGAACCCCAAUACAUUAUCCUGGAAUUGAUGGAAGGAGGUGAUCUCCUCACCUAUUUGCGUAAAGCCCGGAUGACAACGUUUCAUGGUCCUUUACUUACAUUGGUUGACCUUGUAGACCUGUGUGUGGAUAUUUCAAAAGGCUGUGUCUACCUGGAGCAGCUGCACUUCAUUCACAGGGACCUGGCAGCUCGGAAUUGCCUUGUCUCAGUGAAAGACUACAGUAGUCCAUCACGGGUGGUGAAGAUUGGGGACUUUGGACUCGCGAGGGACAUCUACAAAAAUGAUUACUAUAGAAAGAGGGGAGAAGGCCUGCUCCCUGUUCGGUGGAUGGCUCCGGAAAGUUUGAUGGAUGGAAUCUUCACGACGCAGUCUGAUGUAUGGUCUUUUGGAAUUCUGAUUUGGGAGAUUUUAACUCUUGGUCAUCAGCCUUAUCCAGCUCAUUCUAACCUCGAUGUUUUAAACUAUGUGCAAACAGGAGGGAGACUGGAGCCACCGAGAGACUGCCCUGAUGAUCUGUGGAAUUUAAUGGCCCAGUGCUGGGCCCAGGAACCUGACCAAAGACCUACUUUCCAUAAAAUUCAAGACCAGCUUCAGUUAUUCAGAAAAAUGUCCUUAAACAGUAUCUCUCAGUGCAGAGAAGAAGCGGACUCCAGUGGAGUCAUAAAUGAGGGUUUUGUAGAUGAAGAUGGCAGCAUGAUUUGUGUGAGUUUGGAUGACAGUGGGCCCAUUGCUUUAGUGGAAACCAAGAACCAAGAGGGGUUAAACUAUAUGGUACUUGCUACAGAAUGCAGCCAAGGUGAAGAUCAUUCUGAGGGUCCUCCAGGCUCCAAGGAAUCUGAAUCUUGUGGUUUGAGGAAAGAAGAGAAGGAACCACAUGCAGACAAAGGUAUCUGCCAAGAAAAACAAGUGGCUUACUGCCCUCCUGGCAAGCCUGAGGGCCUGAACUAUGCCUGUCUCGCUCACAGUGGACAUGGAGAUGGGUCUGAUUAAUAACUCGGUUUGGGAAAUGCAGGGUUGAGAUAAACACUCCCGUUAAGUAGUUACUGAAAGGAAACCCUAGCAGAAUGACAGAUGUUGAGGUGGUCUAUGACUCUGAAUUAACACUGGAAAGUUCCUGGAUUCUAAUCUCGGUUCUGAGAACCACUUGGGUUCAGUCUUGACAAUCCCCACACAACUGUUUAACUUCAACAGGAUUCUGAGGUGAACCACUGAGCAUUUGGGAAGCAAAGGAAGACUCACGAGUCUGGAGGGAAAGCUGCUCUCCCUUACCCUUGAGGUCACUUAGACCAUUGCCCACCCUUCAGUCUGGACUAUAACAGGAACAUCUUGGUCAGAGGUUAGAGACAAAAUAGGUGUGUUCAAAGAUCUGAAGGAGGCGUGAGAAGCAUGCUCAGGGACCCAGCUGAAUUACAGAUAAUCCCAAAAGGGACUGAGGAAAUGCCUAAAUAUAUAACUCUACAUGUUCCAAAGGAACCAGCAUCGAUGGCAUAAGAAAUCAUUUGGGAUGCUAUUGCUAUAAUAACGUAUUGUCUUUCAUGACUAUUGUGAAACAUUUUGGAGGUUUUGAAAUAAUGAAAAUAGGACCAUGAAGAUGUCUAAAUCCUAAAGCUUAGCAUUGGGUUGUAUAAAAAUCGCUCUGUGACUUGUGUGCUGUCAUGGAAAUUAGCUUAUAAAGACUGUUUUUAUUUGCCAUAUGUAUUUUAUAUAUAUGGUACUUAAGAUUAUGUUUAGCACAAAAUUGUCAUUAAAAUUAAAUAUAAAUGAUUAUACAAUGCA